UGUUGUUCAUAGUAACAUAGAGCGCAUUCGAGUUAAGACGACGAAAUAUCGGCAGCCUUUUUUUACGUAAACAGUUGAAGAAUUUAUAGCAAUAAUGACGAAAACACACAUUCACAAUGUACAUGACGGAAUCAUUUAUAAAGGACUGUUGUUGGACUGUUCACAUACCUCUGGCACAGAACUGGACUACGAGUAUUCUGAAAGUCUUCUAGCAUCCGAAGAUCACAGGUUAGAAGAGCAGACAUCAAAGCCAGAUAACUGUGAAGUCUUUAUCGCUUCUGUUAUUCCAAAUGCAUUCGAAACCUUACAGUCUGCACAACUGCCACCAAAAGAAGUUCUUCGACACCAGCCGUCGCCAAAAGAAGUUCUUCGACCUCAGUCGUCGCCAAAAGAAGUUCUUCGACUACAACAAGCAACAAAAGAAGUAGGAUUACAAGUUCUAUCAAGGUCAAAUGUCAAGGACAUCAACAAAAGCUACCACGAGCCUAAGGCUUCAGAUGUCCUUGACCUUCAGCGAAUGGCUGACAGGUUCGCUAGAGCCAAAGCGGACACAUCGAAAGGCAUUGGGAAAAUUGUAUAUGAAACUAGCGGAUUUAACUACGGGGUGGUGACCAGAGUUGACAAGUUGUUAGAGGAGGCAUACAACAUGUUGCAUACAUUUCAAAAAAAGCUAGAUUUUACAACCAGAACCAAGCUCCUCAACUUGAUUCUUGCAUUGAAUGAGCUCCCACACCUUCACGAUUCUACACAUCGGGAGAAAGGAAAGUGUGCACGUGUUACAGAUUGGCUCAAUAAUCACACCAGUCAACCCGAGCCAGAGUUAUGUGGCUUAACAAUGCAAGACCCAGUACAGAUUAGAAAAUUUGUUGCCGAUCAUAUCCAGCCAAGAGUGUCUACAAGUGACACAAAUGUCACACUUGGAAAGCGGAAACGUGGAUGCGAGGAUUCUUGUGAAGAUGACAUCAUCAACGUUCAAAAAUGUAGUUCCGACACUCGAGUCCAUGUGCAUGCUGAUUGGUCAAGGUUGAGAGCCAAUGGAAAGAGGAAGAGACUAAGAAAUAAUUGAAGACAUUUUAGAAAACUUUAACAGAGCUUGAAGACUAUUAUUGUUUUUCUUCUCUUGUUGUUGUUGUUAUUGUUGAUUGUUGAUCUGAUUUCAUUGAAUCAUUCAUGUGUUGGCUAAUUUUGAGCUAAUCAGGUAUUUUGUUUAAAACUUGUGCCUUAUGCUUGUGAAUUUUCAAAAAAAAAAUGUUUGUAAACACGUUACAA